GGGGUCCGUGGACGCCGCAUUCUUACAGAUAGCAUCAGGCUAUUGGAUGGUCAGUGAUUCUCUUUAUUAUUGUUCAAAUGAACUUCUGGCUCGAUCACACUGUUUCUCUGCUUGUACUAUUUAGUAUAUGUGGCCUACAUGUUGUCCAAUUUGGGAAUAGUCAUUCAUGGUCUUAAGAUGUGUGUUCUUACCACCGCAUGUUUCUUAAACAGUAGAGUAAAUCUAACAACGCCUUAACAGAGGCGUAGCCAGGAUUUUUCAAAGGGGGGGGGGGGUCACAGAGGCUACUCACCAGAUUGUCAUGUCGACCUCCACGCCCAUAUUAACUAAAGACAAGAGCCGUUGACGAAAAUACUUGACAGAAAAACAAAUUUUAAAAAAGUGGGCUUUUCAACAAUAGCUUUUACGGCCAAGAUAUUGUCAUGGCGUUUUCGCCACCUGAUUAUUGUACGUUGUUUGCUCAAAAGAAGGCCUACCAAGAGGGGGUCACCGGUACCCCAGGAACCCCCCUAGAUACGCCCCUGGUCUAAUAGCCCGCGAGCAAGCUCUCCAUUUGGGGGAUAUCGUGAACGGUAGACGCACUAGAGGCACGCGAGUCCCGGCUUCUCCGUUCGCUCCCGCGUUCUCGCUUCACUCGCCCAAAUAGGACAGCUGGCCCGCAGGCUAAACGUUUUUCAAGUUUUGGUCUUAGCUUCCUUUUUACCUGAGCCCAGCCAAAAACACUUUCUGUGUUUUUGAAUAUCAAAAGUAGUUGCUUUCAAAGCAACUACUCAGCUGACUACCUUUGAUCUAUGUGAAGUCGAAGACCUUUUUGAACGUAUCAUAUUUAAAGGCAUGAACCGUUGUAAGACUAUAUUUUCGUGCCUCCCUUGUGUCUUAAGUAAUUUCUGUCAGUAUAAAAUAUAUGCGUUAUCGACCAACGAUGAAGUUAAAGAUGACUGGUCAAUAACAGCGCAAGAAAAAACGAGGCCAAUAUCCACCUAUCUAGAUGGAACAGGCGAAAAAAGCCAAAAAGGCAGAAAAUAAAACUUUAUUUUGCAGGACGAACACGGGAAAUCCCGAGCAUUCAAGAUAGGCCCAUUUUACCCUCGCGUGUAGCCAAUCAGAACACAGGUACAGGGGUAUCCACUAUCAAGUCCAGCCUGAUAAUGAAAAUAAUACUGAUGCCAAAUAAAUCUUCAUUCUCCACAGGGAUACCACCUUUACCAACCACAUCAAGCUUGUCAACUGCCAACUCAUCUCUAUCAGCAUCUACAGGCUCCACGCCUGCUUCACCAUCCAAUCAGCUUCAACUACAAAAAAUUAACAACGAGUCGUUUCCUUAUUGGGCAAUCGGUGUAACUGUGGUUGCCCUCGGUAUCAUUAUAUUCGCCGUCGUUCUGCUCGUUCGUAGAUACAAACGCCGCACACGGCAGAGCGAUCGCCGAUCGCAUCGAUGCGAUCAUCGUAUGAUCGAUGCGUCAACCACUUUGUCGUCACUCAAAGAUCCACUGGAAACAUAGAGGGCGGGUUUUAAAUUAAGUUUAACUCGUGCCUAUUGUUAGUGUCCCCCAAAAGCUAGAGUAUCCCCUCUAUAGUCAUCAAAGUCCGUCCUUUCAAUUCUGUUAAGUCUUAUUAGCACAAAUACAAUACAAUCAGUGUUCUAGAACAAGCUGGAAAUUAGUCUGUACUAGGCUUUCAGAUAGUAGGGACGUCGUGAAAAUAAAACAACCUCUCUCUCUCCCUAGGGCCCCCGAGUUUUUCGCAUCACUUGUGACUGCACAAUUGCACUAAUCAGUCUUGGAACCUCGAACAGGCUAGCUGGAGAUAGCAUACAUCUUAUGCAGCUUAAGUUCCGCAAAACAAAAGGUGUUUGUUUUGUUUUGCAGUCCCUUGAAGUAGAUGACACGCACAGGAAUAAGCUACAAUCCUGCCUCAACUUAAAGCUUCGGGAAUGACUUUCUAAUAAAAACUUCAUGCCUCUCAGACCCACUGGAAUGUGAAAAUAGCACUAAUACGAUAACUUGAAGAUGACUUUUGGUUAACUCUUACCAAAAUCUACUCUGCGAGCAAUAUAUAGAUUAGUAAAUACAGGUGUACAGUGCUGUGUACAGUAUUUAACUUAAGCUUCGUUUUCUGUUCCGUAUAUGGAAGAAAUAUCGGAGACUUAAUCACUUAGGGUGUUCAGGUGUCG